AUGAAAGGAUGCCGCAGCUGCAACGACCGCAACGAUCGGGAAUGCUGGCUUGAGAGGCCCAAUAGCAAGAGCGUUCGCUACGACAUUAAUACUCCUUAUGACAUGUCCGGCGAUGAGUUUGCCCCUGAUGGCAUCAAGAGAGAAUAUUGGCUUGAAGUCAGCGUAGACGCCAUUGCCCCUGACGGAUUCUUGAAGCCGCUAGGUCAAGUGUUCAAUCACACGUAUCCUGGACCACAUCUGCAAGCCUGGUGGGGCGAUCAAAUUAUAUGUUCGGUGCCGUCUAGAUCUUUUCAAGCUUCUGACAACACACAGGUCGUCCAUGUCACCAACAAGGUUCCAAACCUUGGCACCACAAUUCAUUGGCAUGGGAUAAGACAGCUCAACACGACACAGCAAGAUGGCGUGAAUGGUGUCACGCAAUGCCCCAUCGCCUUUGGUGAGACCUACACAUACAGUUUCAGAGCUGACCAGAUUAGCCACACUUGGUAUCACUCUCAUUAUCAAACACAGUAUUCAGAUGGCGUUGCAGGCCCAUUGACAAUCUACGGCCCAAGCAGCGCUAAUUGGGAUGAGACUUUCACACCCAUCAUGAUGCAAGACUGGGUCCACGACAACACUUCCAUCGCAUUCAAACAGGAGCUUGGCCGAUCCAUUCCUUUGGCCGAUAGCAUCCUCCUGGGUGGCACCAACACCUUUAAGUGCGAUGCGUUGAACUCGUCAUGCUGUCGAAGCUGCGACCUGAGCAACUGCAAAGAGGGCACGGACGAAGCAUUUUGUUGCAAGCCUGAUGACAGAUGCUAUCGGCCCACGUUGCUCCCCAACGGCACUAUCAUCGAGCAGAAACAAGUUGGCGGAAUCUUCAACAGAACUUUUCAAGAAGGCAAACGCUAUCUGCUGCAACUGAUCAAUGCUUCAGCAGAUGCUAUGUUCAUCUUCGCUAUCGAUGAUCAUGAUUUGCUGGUCAUUGCUGCUGACUUGGUACCAAUCAAACCUUACAAGUCUGAAUCCUUAUUCAUCGCUAUUGGCCAACGCUACCAGGUCAUCGUCACAGCCAAGCCUAAGAAGAAAUCGAAAGUCUGCCAAGCGGAUGUCAAGAAGUGCAACUACUGGAUCCGGACAAGAAUAGCUUCAGGUUGCGGUAAUGUUGCGCAAGACAAUGAGGAGACUGGGAUCAUCCAAUACAGCCCGAAUCGAAACGCUCGCGAUCGGCCUGAUACAGAAGCACACACCGAUCGUGAGGGGUGCAAAGAUGAGCCAAUGGAGAAGCUGCGUCCGAUUGUGCCAUGGAAUGCGUCUGAUCUUCGGAACUCGCGCGAAGACUAUACUUUCGUUGCGGCAUUCGACGAUUUGCCAACCCAUGGUGCCUACCGCUGGGAACUCACGGACAAACCCCUGUUCCUCAACUACUCCAGCCCCAGCAUCCUCAACGUCGACAACAACGGCCACUUCCAUGACGUCUACCAAGCCUCUGUGAACUACACCAAUCACGCCUGGAACGGCGGCUUCGUAUACCUCGUCAUCGAUGGAAGUAACAUCCAGCAGAUCGCCGGCAAGCAAGGGGUGCCUGCAGCGCACCCUAUUCAUCUCCACGGCCAUGACUUCGUAAUCUUGGCACAAGUCGACAGCGCUUUCAAUGGCACGAUCCCGAAGAAUCAAGUCGAUAACCCAACGAGAAGGGAUACCGCAUUACUGUACGGCGGCGGGUAUCUCGCACUCGCGUUCAAACUCGACAACCCUGGCGUGUGGCUUGUGCAUUGCCAUAUCGCAUGGCAUGCGUCUUCUGGCCUCGCUCUGCAGAUCAUCGAGCGACAGGAUGAGAUUAUUGGCUCGAUUGGGGAUUUAAAUCCGACGAGGGAGACUUGCAAGGGCUGGGAGAGGAUGGGGCUGAAGUUUCAUCAGGAGGAUUCGGGGAUUUGA